CCUCUCAUUCCCACUUUUGCCUGUUCUUCAAACCUCUAGUUUGUGGUUGCUGAUGGUUACAACCAGCCAUGGUACGGCCCGUAACAGAUGAUGACAUCGGCCUCAAAGUGCUCCGGAAGACACCAGGAGACACCGUCGACAUCGUCGCGAUUCACGGCAUCGGAGCGCACCCAGACGACACCUGGUGUAAGAAUGUCCCCACGGCUGAGGGCCCAAGGUGGGUUAACUGGCUCUCUGAUGAGGCCAUGCUACCUGCUGUAGCACCUCACGCGCGAAUUAUGCGAUAUGGAUACGAGUCACGGUGGUUUGGAGAAGGGGCCCUGCGGCAGAAUGCAUCGACGGUGGCACAGCGACUGCUCUUGGCCCUCGGUCUAAAGAGAGAGGAAAAUCCAAAGCGCCCUCUUAUCUUCAUAGCACACUGUUUUGGUGGAUUAGUUGUGCUGAAGGCCCUCGUGGAAGCCCGGCACCACGAAAUCGACUGGCCCGACGUGUUUGCCUCUACUACCGGUUUAAUAUUCCUUGGUACGCCCUUCAGGGGUACGGACGAGAUGAGCCAGACCGAGAUGUUAGAGGCAGCACGGAGGGAGUAUGAGGAAGAUGACAUACAGCCAGAAAUCCUGAGGAUAUUGGAGCCAGGAAACGAGAUUCUUCAAGAUGUUGUGGAAUCGUUUGGAAAGACACGAAGGCUUGAAAAGAAAGCCCUUGUUGCCUGCUUUUACGAACUGAAGCCAUGCAACGUGGGAAAGAUCGUAGGAAAUCAGAAACGAACGCAGUUUGUAGUGAAUAAGAGCUCUGGUUGCCUCGAUAUAUCAGAAGGCAUGGAACAUGUCUCGCUCUCAAGAACGCAUUUUGACAUGAACAAGUUUGGGAAAUCGUCAGAGGAAGACUUUCAGAUGAUGGCCGCAGUGGUAAAAAAGAUGGUCAAAGCCUCUAAUGGGCCCAUGCUGGCUCGAUCAAUCACUUCUGAACCCAUUGGUGUUAAACAUCCAGACUCCGUUUCCUCAUGCAAUAAAGCAAUGACUGCCAGCAGCUGGCGUAAUUUUAGACUGAGAGGAAUUCCGAUGGAGUUUCAACGCAAGGUAGAUGUUUGUGACUUUAUCAAGAACAUUCUCUCCAUGGAACGGGACGCCAGUUUAGUAGUGCAUUCACUUGCCGUCAACCCUAUAGACGGUCACACCAAGGUCGCAACUCUCAGCUUCGACACGCUGCCUGCGUCUUUAUCCAACGACAAUAAAAACGAAUGGGUAUUUGGUAUGCCCGAGAAUGCAUCUUUCAAUGGGGAAAUCUUGAAUCACAAAGGACGCCUGGUAUUCGAUACUCAUUUUUCAGGCUUCACGCCUCUUCAUGACGCCGAAGAUGAUUGCUAUGUCGAUGUAAUCGCGAUAUCUGGUCCAGGUGAUGCUUUCGAUUCCUUCCAAGAAACGGACGGGCCUUUCAUGUGGCUUCGUGACGCUCUACCACUGGACUUACCUAAAGCGAGAAUUUUCAUCUAUGGAUAUAAUAUUCGAGAUGGUCAAAGUGACUCCUUCACGACCUUGGCCACUCUAGGUCGAGAAUUUGAAAUCGAAAUACAGAAUGUUCGGCGCACUCGUCAGUCUCGCCCGAUAGUAUUCAUCGGGCAUGGUGUUGGCGGCCUCCUCAUUAAGGAGGCUGUGGUCCAGGACAAAAAGAAUAUCGAAGGCAACUCGACGGCGAUACUAGAUGUCACUAAUGGGUUUUUGUUCUUCGGCGUUCCCCAUUUGGGGCUUGCUGCUGGAUCAUUUGCUAAAUUGUUACCAAAUCACUCUCAGUUGUACACGGAGGGUCUCAAAUGGAAGUCAGUACUACUUCAACAACUUGAGAGCGAUUUCAAGGCCGCACUUGGCCCCAUGGCCCCUGAAAUUAUCUCCUACCUCGAAAUCGAAAGAUCUUCUAUGAAAAAUAAGAGGACUGAUGGUGUACUGGAACUCUCGGAGCUCUCUCGCUCUUUGGACGUCAUAGUCAACCACUUAUCUGCGACAUGUGGCAGCCACCUCCAAUACCCAGUGGAUCAGAAUCACUCGGAACUUGUGAAAUUCAGCAGCGAAUUUGAUAUUUUAUACAGCCAUGUCAAACUUGGUCUGCUGCCAAUGGCACUCAAGAGGUUGGAUCAUGAUAUUAGAAGUAGAGGCCCUCGAGAUCCUCCAUCGCCACCACUGUCUCAAGAGAAUAUAGAUUGUCUGAGAUCACUCUCCUUUCAAGAACAGGAUUCCAGGUUUAACAAGAUACAUGUAACAAAAGGCACUUGUAGCUGGUUCUUGGACGACCUUCAAACUCGAAAGUGGAUCAACAAUUCACGAGGGCUUUUCUGGGUCAAAGGGAAUCCUGGGGCAGGAAAAUCCGCUCUCAUGAAAUCUGCUUUUGCCCAAAUGAAUCAGAUGAAUCAAAUGAAGACUGACGAGCUGCUUCUUCGUUUUUUCAUACAUGGCAGAGGCACCUUUUUGCAAAAGUCGCCUCUUGGCACCUUUCGCGCCCUAUUAAACUCGAUGCUCAGCCAUUUCCCCGAAUAUCUCUCCGAGCUGACCGAGCAAUUCGAAGAUCGCGAGAAACGCGUCGGGUCUUAUCAUGAGAAAAGGUGGGACUGGGACGAGAAAGAGCUACGAGAACUCAUGUCAAAAGUCCUGGUCCAGGGAACACACCAUCGAUCAAUCAUUAUAUUUGUCGACGCACUGGACGAGUAUGGAGAGGAUCUUGCGAAAGAAAUGGUGAGGUAUUUCAAAGAUCUUAUGAAAGAUGUUGAGCGCGAGAAAGCCCAAGUCAAGAUCUGCUUUUCUUCUAGGCACUACCCAAUCCUUGGUCAUGACGAGAUCCCGGCGGUUCUUGUAGAGAACCGAAACGAGAAGGAUAUCAAACUAGUUACUAAAGACUUUCUGAAAGAUAUCAAACCGGUAGCCAAACGGGAGCAGUUUGAGAAGGAGAUCCUUCGCAAGGCUCAAGGGUCAUUCCAAUGGGCAGUCUUAGUUGCCACUAUAGUGAGGGAAGAGAGUAUAAUUGGGACAAAGGCAGAUCGAAUUGCCGGAAAGUUGGCAUCUAUUCCGAAAGACCUCGACGGGUUAUACACUGAGAUCCUCAGAAAUGCGACUGAUUCUGAAAGGGAUCAGAUGAUCAAGCUGUCCCAGUGGAUUUUGUUCAGUGAGCGCCCUUUGUCAGCACUAGAACUUCGGGAUGCAUUGGCAACCGAUCAGGACAUGGCUUAUUCAGGCAUUACUGAAUUGAAAGAACAUGAGGUCUGGGUCAAAGAUCUAUCGCAGUUUGAGACGCGGAUCAAGCAUAUUUCCAGAGGGCUGGUAGAAUUCCAGACUCCUGAUGUAUGGGAGCAAUACGAUCCCGACGAGAACACCCACUAUCGGGAAGCGCAAUUCAUUCAUCAAUCCGUUGCCGAUUUCAUUCUCAACAACGUUCUCAACGAUACCAAGCGUCGUCAUGGCAGCUCUUACUCUGAAAUUGGAAUCGGCCACUACCAAAUCUCAAGGUCUUGCCUGAGAUAUCUUGCGAUUGAGGACGUUUUACAAGGCCAUCAACUCUCUCGUGGAACCCUCUCGGUGAGGUUUCCACUGGCUCCAUAUGCAGUAAGAUUUCUCUUUAAGCAUAUCCAGACAGUAGAACAAGAGCGAAUACCACAGCUCGACCUUCUGUCGCUUAUUCAAUGGGCGCCACAGUCAGAACCAUUGCAAAGACUCGCUCACGUCUGGAAAGUCUUGGACCCCAAUUCUGCCUAUGCGCCUAUAGGCUGGCCCUUCGUCAAAGCAACCUCUCUCCAUGUUUCGGUUGCUUUUGGUUCAAAAAGUGCCCUCAUGGCAUGUCUCCAGGAGGACGAUGGGGGAAUCAAUAGCAGAGAUUCUGAAGGGAAUACUCCAUUGCUUCUUGCUAUGCGAGAGCACCACCAAGAUCUAGCAUUAGCACUGUUAGAUUGGUCAGUGGAAACACAGAACCUCCCUGAGAAUUCAUUAGCCCAGAAUACCUCAACACAAAAUUGGAGCGCUCCGAAAACAAGAAAAGCUGCGGACAUCAAUGCUGAAAACAAAGAUGGCGAAACCCCUUUGACUAUUGCUGUAACUGGAAAUGCUGAACAAGUAUUUUUAAGGUUGAUUGAGCUCGGCGCUGAUCUCAA